AUGUCUGUUCCUAAGCAACUUCCCUGUAUGGUUCGUGCUCUUUAUGCAUGGCCUGGGGAACGCGAAGGAGAUUUAUCUUUUGAAAAUGGAGAACUAAUUGAGUGCCAAAGCCUCGGUGAUGGAAAAUGGUGGAUCGGAAGGCACAUUAAUACAAAUACCCAAGGAAUUUUUCCCAGCAACUUUGUGCAAGUCCUUAAUAUAUCCACAUCAAGACCCAAUAGCUCUAUCUCAAGGCGAAGUAGCUUAAGCUCUCGUAUAUCAGCAGAAGAUUCGGGAUCUCCUCUUACUUCUUCUGGACCUGAACUUCCGGCCAAGAAUUUGAGAGGGACUAGUCCGCUUUUUUUUCAAAAGCGAAAAGAUAGUGGCUUAAGUCCAAAAAAAGAGCAACAUGGCUCUUUUUUAAAGACGUUGUCCCGACCAUCAUCUGUAUUCUCUAGAAGAAGCCGAGCCAGCUCGGUACACAGUCGCGAAUCGGAAUCUGGUCGAUCAAAACGGUCCGGAAAUGCAAAAGAUAGUACUCGAACAAGUCCUUCCCCUAUUCGGAGUGCCAUGGAAAAUGUACUCGAGUCACUUAAUGCAAUGGGAGGUAAAAGCACAAUCCGCUCGGCAACCCCUGUAUCCGGGCAAAUGCCUUUAAACACUGAUCAAGAUUUCAAUCCAAUGUUCAAGUCAUUGCCGUCACCAUCAGCACAUGGAAAGGUAAAGCAUUUACAACCCCCAGCCUCUUCCAUUUCCGAUAUAAAACAAACAGACAGUUUGGCGCCUGAAACACCACCAUCAUUAAGUAACCGUGGUCCUUUUCAUCGCAGAUUUCAGAGUACUCCGACGCCGAUUUUGAGACCCAUCUCCACACUGGUCCCUCAAACGAAUGCUUCCCAACUUACGAAUCCUCACUUGGAUGUACAGCGGCCUUCUACCGCUCAAUCGUUCCGCAAGAAAAGUUCCGGAUUCUUUAAGAAAACGUUUAAAAAGAUCCUAAGCCGAAGCUCAUCUACUAAACGGAUUCCAUUUAGCUCUUAUCCAUCCCAGUCCAGCAUGGCCACUUCGACCGCCUCACCAUCAUCUGUUCACCAGAGAACUGUUCGUCCAGCAUCUCCGCAAACGAUGGCUUCCGUCAAGGAAGAUUUACGCCGAACAACAACUUAUACACAGUCGGAUCUCAACAAAAAACGACAGGAGACUUUCGAUAAUCUUUCUAUGCCUGUUUAUAAGCCACUGGAAGAGCUUGAGAACACUCUUGGAAACGUAUUGGCUGACGGUGAGCCCGUAGAAUUUUCAGUUGGCAUGGAUGUACAUAGAAUGAAUUUUGGAGCAGUUGAUAAAAAGACUCGUUUUUUCAAUUCCCCGAAGAUAAACCUAGAUCUUAGAGAUUUCGUUAGAAAUUAUCUAGUAAAAGGAAUCGAAUCCCCUUUACAGCAAAUGAGAGCUGUUUAUAUUUAUGUCUCGGAACACGUCUCGUAUGUCGAUCACUCUGCAAAUGGAAAAUCGUUUCGCUCGGCUCGAGAUGUCUAUCUGUCUGGAAAGGGAACUCCACUUGAAGUUGCGUUACUAGUAAAGGAAAUGCUACAAGGCUUGGAUAUAUGGUGUGAAGUCAUUGAAGGAUAUCUCAAAUCGCCAGACGACAUUUACUAUACUAGAGAUAUUAAAGUGAACCAUGCUUGGAAUGUCGUUACAUUCAAUGAUGAAGUCCGCCUACUGGAUGCCAGUUUUGCGAGCCCCACACAUCCACAGCAGGUUUUAAAAUCUUCGGUUGCCAAUAAUUUUUAUUUUUUAAUGAAACCCAAUGAAUGCCUAUAUACACAUGUUCCUGAGAAUCCGGAUCAGCAGUUCAUAAUGCCGGACUUGCCGAUGCCAAUUGUUAUGGCUUUACCAUGGGUUUCAUCUGUAUAUUUCGACUCAGGUUUGCGUCUUCGCAGUUAUGAAUCCAGCAUCCUUCAUCUUUCUGAUUACCAAUUCUUGCAGAUUGAUGUAGAGGCUCCAAAGGAAAUUGAGUGUGUUGCUGAGGUCGAUAACUUUAGUUCACCGCCCUCUGCACCAGAUUUUUCUAAAUCUCACAAGCACGUCUUAGUUCAAACUUUCUUGGAAAAGAAGAAUUUGCGAGUAGUCAGAAUUAAAGCAAUGAUGCCUUUGAAUAGUAAAUUAGCUGUGUUACGAAUAUACGCCGGCCGUACUGGAGUGGCUAGUCCAGCCAAGACAGUACCUCAUCCGAUGGCUGUAUCCAUUCCUUUUGCUCACCAUGGAAAGAACAAAGCAUUUGAGUUUUUAAGUCGAUAUCCUAUACCCCAAUGCCCGAAUGUUGAUUUAUAUAUUUCUUCUCCUCAGUGCGGUAUACUACGCGCUGGAGUUAAGUAUGACUUUUGUAUCACUGCUUACUCUUCCAGCGAAACAGAAAUCCUUACAACUAAGUUAGCAAUUCAAACGCCGACCGGUAGCAUUCUACGGUUGCAUGAAGAAUUUUCAAAUGAUCGCAUCACCCGUUCCGUUCUUUCAUCAGCCAUUAAUGAAACUGGAGAAUACCGAGCUUUAAUAUUAGCUGAAAAAAUUGGAAGGUGGGUGGUUUAUGCCACUUGGAAAGGUGUUUAA